UGCGUAGCUACAAAGAGUGCCUCAAGUCAUCGUUGGACGCUAAAAUAUUAUGAUGUGAAAAAUACCGUUAUGAGCUGAUAGGAUACAGUGUAACACCGCAAAACUGAAAACAAUAUUUUGAUUUGCAAUUGUUGCCAACCAGCUUAUUCUGGCGAGACUCACUUUCCAGGGCAUGGAGGAUGCUUUCACUGGAGUGAGGACGUGAAUGCAGCACGUGUUCAGACGGGAGGCUGAGCAGCAUCAGGAGCAGGAUGGCAGCUAGCAGCUGGUCCACGUCUCUGCGUUAACCGCAUCAUCCCUGCGAAGCUCGAUGACAGAACCACUGAAAUCCUUCUUAGCAUAAAACCACUGAAGAGGAAGUGACAGGGAGGAAGGAUGGACUCCAUUACUAUGAUGGGCAGCUGCAGGAGCCCUUUGUUCCUUACAGCCUCCUCCUCCCACCACCUCCACCAUGCCCGGGGUUGUUUCCUCCGCAACGGCAUGAAGAGCGGAGCUGGAGAUGCUGGGACUGCUCGUCUGCCUGCCCAGCCCACUGUGGCCAUCCUGGGCUCAGGUGACUUCUCCAAGUGCCUGACCAUUCGCCUGCUGCGCUGUGGCUUCCAUGUGGUGGUGGGCAGCCGCCAUCCCAAAAUGGCCGCCCAGUCAUUCCCCCAUGUGGUGGAUGUGACGCACCAUGAAGAUGCUGUCGGGAAGGCCAGCAUUCUGUUUCUGGCAAUCCGCCGUGAGCACUACUCUAUCCUGUGGGACCUCAAACACCUUCUGGAAGGCAAAAUCCUAGUGGAUGUGAGUAACAACAGGAGGGUGAACCAGUAUCCGGAGUCUAAUGCUGAAUAUCUGGCUUCACUGCUGCCGGAAUCCAUUGUGGUUAAAGGCUUCAAUGUCAUCUCAGCCUGGGCUAUGCAGCAGAGCUGCCCCAAAGAUGCCAGCACACAGGUGUUCAUUUGCAGUGACUCAGUGGAGGCUAGACAGCAGAUAAUGGAGCUUGCCCGCCAUCUCAACUUCCAGCCUGUGGAUAUGGGCACCCUGUCAUCUUCGCGAGACGUUGAGAACAUGCCCAUACAGUUAUUUCCUGGCUGGAAGGGCCCCGUCCUCGCUGCUGUGGCCCUCUCCAUCUUCUUUUUUGCGUACUCUUUUGUGCGAGAUAUCAUCCACCCUUACGUGAAAUAUAAGCAGAGUGACUUCUACAAGAUUCCCAUGGAGAUGGUGAACCGAACACUGCCCACAGUUGCCAUCACUCUCUUGGCCCUGGUGUACCUGGCAGGCCAGCUGGCGGCUGCCCACCAGCUCUACUAUGGUACCAAGUACAGGCAUUUCCCACACUGGCUGGAGGGCUGGCUCCAGAGCCGGAAACAGCUGGGCCUGCUCAGCUUCUUCCUGGCUGCUGUCCACGUUCUCUACAGCCUCUGUCUGCCCAUGAGGAGGUCUGAGAGGUACCUGCUGCUCAACACCGCCUACCAGCAGGUUCAUGCUAAUGUGGAGAACGCAUGGAACGAGGAGGAGGUUUGGAGGGUGGAGAUGUACGUGUCCUUUGGGAUCAUGAGCCUUGGACUUCUGUCUCUGCUGGCGAUCACCUCCAUCCCCUCUGUCAGCAAUACGCUCAACUGGAGGGAAUUUGGCUUCAUACAGGCUCCUACUGUUACGAAAGAACGCCGUUCAACGUUUCAUAUGACUCCCAGUCAUUAAACAACAUGGCGUCAGAAGUGGUAUUCCACUCAGCGUGACAUUCCCCCGGACAGCUCUCCGGAGCCGGCGCAGACAAAGCAUGCAACUACCGCCAGCGUGGAUGCCGUGCAGAUAAAGCACAGUGGCAAAUUCAAGGGCAAAAUGAAACAUGACACGAAGAAGAGAGCCAUGGAACAAAUAUUCGCAGGGUAUCCAUGUGCCAUAAUUGUGGAUGACAUCAUCGUGGGUGGCAAUGGAGUAGAGGAGCAUGACAAAAACCUAAAGAAGGUGCUGGACCGAGCCAGACAAGUGAAGCUCAGGCUUGAUCCAAAAAAGUGCAAGUUCAGGCUCAGAGACAUGAACUAUGUUGAACAUGUGUUUACAGACAAAGGACUUAAGCCUGAUCGGACAGAAAUCACAGCAAUCGGUGAAAUGCCACCCCCAGAGGACAAGACAGCUCUCCAACGCUUCCUUGGAAUGGUCAACUAUCUGGGGAAAUUCAUUCCUAACCUGAGUGAACUGUCAACACCACUACGCCAGCCAAUAGUGUGGAACUGGACACAGCAUCAGCAAGAAGCUUUUGACAAACUCAAGGCGUGCAUCUCCAGUCCACCUGUGCUUCAUUACUACGACGUGCAAAAACCAGUGACUCUCACCUGUGAUGCAUCACAACGCGGUCUAGAAGCUGCCUGCCUACAGGCGAACCUGUGGCAUAUGCAUCACGCACACUGACCCAAACAGAGGUUAGAUAUGCACAGAUAGAGAAGGAGUUACUAGCUGUGGUCUUCGCACGUUGCAAGUUCUAUGACUAUAUCUAUGGUAAACCAGCUGUGAUUGAAACUGACCACCAUCCUCUGGUUACAAUUCCUAACAAAUCCUUUCACACAGUCCCAGCAUGUCUGCAACGCUGCAAAAAUUCAACUUGACUUUCAUCUACAAGAAGGGGAGGCACCUUUACCUGGCUGACAACCUUUCACGUGCACCAAUGUGCAACAUGUCCCCUCAAAAAGAGGAGCAGCAUGAUUUUGAAGCGAUGGCAGUUCAGCUGAUCUCCCCACAGCGGCUCGAGGAACUCAGGAAACACACAGCUGAGGACACGACCCUCCAAACACUCUCCAGCUUCGGCCAAGACGUUCAUGUAGCAUUCCUGCACAGGUGAGACCAUUCUUUGGUUUCCGCGAUGAACUCUGUGUUGAAAACAACAUCAUCAUGAGAGGAUGCAGAACAGUCAUACCCGCAUCGCUGCAUUCUGAAUAUCUCAAAGCGUUACAUAAAGGGCACCCAGGCACUGAUCGCACGAAAAGGAGGGCAAGGGAAAGUGUGUUCUGGCUGUCACUAAAUGAGGACAUUGAGACCACUACUCAGGCAUGCAGCAUCUGCAACAGCCUGAAGCCUCACCAACAAAAAGAACCACUAAAAGUACAUGCAGCUCCCGAUCUGUCAUGGUCUAUUGUUGCUACAGACGUAUUUGAAUGAAUAUUUGAACAACCAACAUUAGCUUGUGCUUGUUGACUCAUACUCCGGAUGGUUUGAAAUCGACCAGCUCAACAGUUUAUCAUCCCUGGGUGAAAUCAACAAGCCAAAACGGCACUUCUCGACUCAUGGCAUACCACAGAAGCUGUACUCAGACAAUGGCACCCAGUUUAAGAGCCAAACUUCUGUGACUUUGCCAGAUCUUGGAACGUGACCAGUAGUCCUGAAUACCCUCAGUCCAAUGGUCUCAGCGAAAGAGCAAUGAGGAGUGCGAAAAAAAACCUAGACGGAACAGACUUCUGUCUGAACCUGCUGAACCUAAGGAACAUGCCAUGGGACAAGAUCCCCGGUUCACCUGCACAGAGACUUUUGUCCAGACGGACUCGAACAACUCUGCCUAUCAGCAAACAGAUGCUAGAGCCAGCUGCACCGACAACAGCCAGCAUCAAAGCCCAGCUGACAAAGAAGUGCAGAGUACAAAAACAAUACUGAUGACAAUGCAGCCUGAAUUGUUAAUGUAUCUCAUUUUGUAUUCUGUUCUAUAGCAUUACCUUUUCUUACACUAUUUUGGUUAAGGACCAAAGCUAAAGAGGGAGGAUGCAGGCAGAUGCAGUGUUAUACUGUUUGACCACACUGCGUUGCCGUACCUGGCGAGAGUCUCAUUGGACACACGGUGGCUGUACCUAUGUUUCCCUGCAGGCUCCUACUGUUACGAAUGAACACUGUUCAACGUUUCAUAUGACUCCCAGUCAUUAAACAACAUUGAAGAAAAAAUCCAGGUAUUACUGGGUGUUAGUAGUUUUCUUGUCCAAUGAGAAAUGAAUAUAAAUCACACAGGAAAAUGAUAUGUAACAAAUCUGUGCCCAAUUAUGUUAUGGCUUAAAGAAAAAAUAGGACAGUGCCUUAUAACGAUUGUCAUGAGCUGUAUGUCACAGCUGCUGCUGCCUGUUAGUGUUAAUUUCUUCCACUUUUUCUUUGCCAAGCUGGCUAAAAGUCUGGAUAUUUUAGUAUAGUUUUAGUCAGUGAAAACUGUUGAAAGUCCUGAACUCUUUUUAUUCAAUUUAGUCUUUUGCUGUCAUCAGAUUGAAUUAAACAUUUCAGUCAUUUAUAGUCAACCAAAACGAUUGAUGUUAUUAUCUCAGAUUAAGUGUUUGUACAGUGGAAAAGGGAGCUGUUUUUUUUU